AUGGGCGAAAAGAAGACCAGGACCAUCCUGGACCGCAAGAACCGGUUCAACAAGGAUGGACGGGACCAUGUGAUGCCGAGUGCCUACCGCAACCUGGCGGUGGUCAUCAUCGGCGAGUUCUGCGGCACCUUCAUGUUCCUCCUGCUUGCCUUUAUCGGCACUCAGGCGGCCGUGGACAACAACGACCCGGGCAACCCUGAUGCUGUGCUGGCGCCCUUCAGUCUCAUGUACAUUGCCGCCUCUUUCGGCGCUGCCAUCACUGUCAAUGUCUGGAUCUUUUACCGUGUCACCGGUGGCAUGUUCAACCCUGCUGUCACCCUGGGUCUCGUCCUCGUCGGCGCCGUCAAGCCCCUGCGCGGUCUCUUCAUCUUCCCUACGCAGAUUGUGGCCGGCAUCGCCGCCGCGGCUGUCACUGAUGCGCUGCUGCCGGGCCCGCUGGGCGUCGCCAACAAGCUCAGCAACAACACGAGCAUCUCGCGGGGUCUCUUCAUCGAGAUGUUCCUGACGGCGCAGCUGGUGCUUACCGUCUACUUCCUCGCCGUCGAGAAGCACCGCUCCACGUACCUGGCGCCAAUCGGCAUCGGCAUCGCCAUCUUCAUCGCCCACAUCUGCGGCACCAACUUCACCGGCACCGGCAUCAACCCGGCCCGCUCCUUCGGCCCGGCCGUCGUCACCAGCUUCACCGGCUACCAGUGGAUCUACUGGCUGGGCCCCUUCCUGGGCUCGUUCCUCGCCUUUGCCCUCUACACGCUGCUCAAGUGGCUCGACUACCGGACGGCCAACCCGGGCCAGGACGACACCGGCGACGUCGAGAAGGGCCACCACGGCCUGACGGCGGCCGAGGAGAAGCGACACACCAUCAACAGUGACGUCGGCACCUCGAGCGAUCAGUACACGCUCAACAACCACCACUCGCCCCCCAACACGGGACGCGAUAGCUCCGCCCUCGGCGACGGCAUCCACGGGCCCAUGAGCCCCGCCGCGCCCGUGAGCCCCACGCACGCGACGCACGGCGAGCUGCGCUCGACCGCCCAAGUCUAG